GUUUUUGAAAAACCACUUCUCUCUCUAGGCUACGUUUGUAGCGAAGAGUGACACAUUCUCUCUCCCUAUGGCUACGUUUUCUUCGUAUAAGGGUGUGUGUAUAUAUAUAAAGCGGAGCGUGAUGAGUUAGUGGCCGUGAAACCGCUUUUAUUUGAUGGCGUUUCACAACCAGCUCUCCCACGAUAUGGCUCUCCAGCAUUUCACGGACUCGCACUUGAGUGAGAACACGGCCGUUUUGCGGGGAAUAUUGCCGGAGCAGCUAGGCCAGUCGUCUUCCGACGGUGCCGGAAAACCUCCUAGUCACCAGCAGCUGGGAGGAGGAGGCGGCGGAGGCGGCGGCCCGACGUGGCUCAACAACGCAAUUCUGCGGCAGCAGAGUCAAUACGCCGAUGGGAGCUUCCUCCACUUGCAGACGAAUUCGGAUUCGACGUCCUCUCCGGCGACGGCCACGACGACGACCAACCAGUGGCUCUCGCGAUCGAUGAGCAACGUGGGCGCCCAAAACGACGACGUUCCGGUGUCUAGCGGGUCCGUGAUUGCUGCUAUAUCGGCGGAUUUGAACGGUAAUCAGGAGAAGAGAAACGGAGGGAACAAUCAGAACCGGGGCGAUAACAAUGGUGAGGACAUGCUGGAUUGUGAUUCUGGAGGGAAUUGGGAAAAUGCGAGGUACAAAGCCGAUAUCUUGGCCCAUCCUUUGUAUGAACAGUUGCUUUCCGCUCACGUUUCAUGCCUCCGAAUCGCGACGCCUGUCGACCAGUUGCCGAGGAUCGAUGCGCAGCUGGCGCAAUCUCAGGGCGUUGUAACCAAGUAUUCGGUCCUUGCAAAUCAGCCUUUGGAUGAUAAGGAGCUCGAUCAGUUCAUGACACAUUAUGUUCUAUUGCUGUGUUCAUUUAAAGAACAAUUGCAACAACACGUCCGUGUUCAUGCUAUGGAAGCCGUAAUGGCUUGUUGGGAGCUUGAGCAAUCUCUACAAAGUUUAACAGGUGUAUCACCAGGUGAAGGCACUGGUGCAACAAUGUCUGAUGAUGAAGAUGACCAGGCAGAUAGUGAGACCAACUUGUUUGAUGGAAGUCUGGAUGGGCCAGACAGCAUGGGGUUUGGCCCUCUUGUUCCAACUGAAACCGAAAGGUCCUUGAUGGAGCGUGUCAGGCAAGAGUUGAAGCAUGAGCUCAAACAGGGAUACAAGGAAAAGAUUGUGGACAUUAGAGAGGAAAUUCUUCGUAAGAGAAGAGCUGGAAAACUACCUGGUGACACUACCUCCCUCUUGAAAGCCUGGUGGCAAUCACAUUCCAAGUGGCCUUAUCCAACAGAGGAAGACAAAGCACGACUGGUGCAGGAAACAGGCUUGCAUUUAAAGCAGAUCAAUAACUGGUUCAUCAACCAAAGGAAACGGAAUUGGCACAGCAAUCCUUCAUCUUCUGCAGUUUUGAAGACCAAGCGAAAGAGAAGUAAUGCAGGUGAAAUCAACAAUGAUCACUUUUUGUAAAUGGACAAAUUCAAAUGUCAAGCCCCUUGUAACCCUCUUCUUGUGUCCAAAACCGGUGGGACAUGCAGCAUCAACAUGCACGUGGAGAGCCACUAUAACAGUCAAGAAUUGGGUUGCUUGGGAAGUUUUGUGAAGACUCUUUGGCAAAUCUUAUUUUGCUCAUACAGAAAAACCUAGUCAUGUAAAUGAGGCUGGUGUUUGAUACCUUCAAAUGGUUGACUUAAAACACCCCAAGUGGUACCAGUUGAAAGUAUGCUUGAAGGCAAGGCGCACAUAUGAUAUCUGUAGCACGCACGAUUUCAUUUACGAGGUUUAAAUUUUAAGCAUAUAAGACUAGAACAAGAUCAGUUUGAAUAGUUCCCUUUUUGUACCCUGCCUGGUCGGAUUGAGGCUUUUGCUUUGUGCUUCUAUAUCUGUGAAUAAGAAUGGUUAUAGCUAUUGGGUGUAUUAUGUAAUAAUCUCUUUCCUUGGUGAUUUUCCCUACUCUCUUACAAGUAGUAGCGGUUAUUGAAUUAGAAAUGAUUCAAAUGAUAAGUUAGCUGACCAAGAGAAGAAGGUAGUUAGUGAGGGAAGGUAGGGCAUGCUAUAAUUAGUGAUUGUACGAUAUAUAGGGGCCCCCUUGUGAAAGCCAGCCAAAAUGGAUCCGAAGCCAUGUGCGGUGUGGAGGAACUUGUAAUAUUCUUGCCUGGUAAGCAGGCCUCAUGGGAAGCAACAAAUAUUUCAAAUGCUCA